GGCUCAAAGGGUGUGGUUAAUAAAUUUGUAAUGCAAAGAGUUGUAUAUUCCUGUCCUUAUACUUUUAUUGCCAGGUCAUCAAGGCUCCUCAUGACUGAAUCUGUACAAGCUGGACCAGUUCAAGCCACCAUUGAACAGAAAUUGAAUGAAAGCAUGAAGCCUCAGUACUUAAAGGUUAUCAAUGAAAGCUAUAAACACGCAGUACCCAAAGGAUCGGAAACGCAUUUCAAUAUUAUAGUUGUAUCUGAGAAGUUUGAAUCAAUGCCUUUACUACAGAGACACAGAUUGAUCAAUUCGAUAUUGGAGCAUGAACUACAGACUGGCGUUCAUGCACUAAGCAUACAGGCUAGGACUGUCGUUCAAUGGAAGGAAAGUGGAGGAAAAAUACAAGCGACUCCGCCUUGUAACUUUAAGAAAUAAUUACCAGAUUAUAUUACAUUUAUUACUCUAGUUGGUCAUACCAAGAAUUGUAAAUAGAUUUUUUACUCUUCGUUACUAAUGAUUUGUUAAUUACCCUGCCCA